UAUAGAGAGAGAGGGGAAACGGAUCUGAGGGGGUAGAGUAGUUGAGAGUCUGUGAUUGUUGCUGUAGUUGUUGCUAGAGAGAGAGAGAGAGAGAUGAGAGAGAUCAUAAGCAUACACAUUGGGCAGGCGGGGAUUCAGGUAGGGAAUUCGUGCUGGGAGCUCUACUGCCUCGAACAUGGCAUUCAGCCCGACGGCAAGAUGCCCAGUGAUACAACUGUGGGUGUCGAACACGAUGCUUUUAAUACCUUCUUUAGCGAGACCGGCGCAGGAAAACAUGUGCCCAGAGCUAUAUUUGUUGACCUUGAACCAACAGUUAUUGAUGAAGUCAGGACAGGAACUUACCGCCAGCUUUUUCAUCCUGAACAGCUUAUUUCUGGCAAGGAAGAUGCUGCUAACAAUUUCGCAAGAGGACAUUACACAGUGGGGAAGGAGAUUGUUGAUCUUUGCCUUGAUCGAGUUAGGAAGUUAGCUGAUAACUGCACUGGUUUGCAAGGGUUUUUAGUGUUCAAUGCUGUUGGUGGCGGCACUGGUUCUGGUUUGGGAUCCUUGUUGUUGGAGCGCUUGUCUGUGGAUUAUGGAAAGAAGUCAAAGCUGGGGUUCACCAUCUAUCCUUCUCCUCAGAUAUCUACUGCUGUUGUGGAGCCUUAUAACAGUGUUCUUUCUACCCAUUCCCUCCUUGAGCACACGGAUGUUGCUGUGCUUUUGGACAACGAAGCCAUUUAUGAUAUCUGCCGCAGAUCCCUAGACAUUGAGAGGCCUACUUAUACAAAUUUGAACCGAUUGAUUUCCCAAGUAAUAUCUUCUCUGACAACUUCCUUAAGGUUCGAUGGGGCCAUUAAUGUGGAUGUUACCGAGUUCCAGACUAACCUCGUACCCUAUCCACGCAUACAUUUUAUGCUUUCCUCUUAUGCCCCUGUGAUAUCAGCAGAGAAAGCAUACCAUGAGCAGCUCUCUAUACCUGAGAUCACAAAUGCAGUGUUUGAGCCCUCAAGCAUGAUGGCAAAAUGCGAUCCGAGGCAUGGGAAGUAUAUGGCAUGCUGCUUGAUGUACCGAGGAGAUGUUGUUCCCAAGGAUGUUAAUGCUGCUGUCGCCACCAUAAAGACCAAAAGGACUGUACAGUUUGUUGACUGGUGUCCAACUGGCUUCAAAUGCGGCAUAAACUACCAGCCUCCAACGGUGGUGCCAGGGGGUGAUCUUGCCAAGGUUCAGCGAGCUGUUUGCAUGAUCAGCAACAACACAGCAGUGGCAGAGGUGUUCUCACGCAUUGACCACAAGUUUGAUCUCAUGUAUUCCAAGAGGGCAUUUGUUCACUGGUAUGUGGGUGAAGGCAUGGAGGAAGGGGAGUUCUCUGAGGCCCGUGAAGAUCUAGCUGCUCUCGAGAAAGAUUAUGAGGAAGUUGGUGCCGAAGGUGUGGAGGAGGAAGAAGAGGGCGAAGAUUAUUGAGUAAAGUUUGAGUGUUGCCGUCUCCCUUCUUCUGGCUCUUCUCUGUUGUCGUUCCAUCUCAAUAUGUGUAUUAUCCUUCCUAUCUGCAUUAGGAAACUGUUAAAAAAGCCGUGUUUGGGGUGUUUAGGAAUGAAGUGUUUUCCUUUGCUACAGAAGAAGUCUUUCUUUUCACGGGUUUCAGAAUUGUGACUUGUUAUUUCAUCUCAAUCAUGAAUGCUAUUAUCCUUCUCUUUUGUGUU